AUGAGUGGGCCUAAGAAACAUGCCCUUUUAGACAGCAUCCAAGCCAGAUUCCAACAACAGAAUGAAGAACGCCAGAAACAAGUGGAAAGGUUACAAGCUAAACGAGAGGCAGAGGUAUUUCAUAGCCGUUACCUGAAGCAGCACGUUGUUGACCCAACAAAAAUAGCAAAUGCAAAGUUUGUUGUGGACCAGUGGGCCAAGAAACAUGGCACUGCAGUAGAAAAGCAUAUAAAACAGGCUGUCAGACAUAAAAGUGAAACACCAAGACGAAGACAAGUGUCACUGGAUAGGGCACAACAUGGUGGUCUUCAAAACCAAGCUAACAUCAAAAGUCAACAGCAAGUGAGACUCACCAGAAAUAGAAUAUCUGUUGAUCGUACUGAUACCAGGAGAUCUAAUCGUAAUAGUAGACAUGGUUUCUGUGCCAGAGAUAUCUCAGAAUCAGACGGUAAUCUUUUUGAUGAGUCAAUAUCACUUGGAACUUGUAUCCGAGAAUUUAAUAAGCACACUGCAGUUUCAAAACCUGUAUUGCCACCUGUUAUUUGUGGCCAAAAUACAGACAGGAGUCUGACACAGAGAAAUGAUAUGACAAACAGUGAUAAGGACGCCACACAUAGUGUAAAGUCUUGUUCAAACACAAUCAAGGAAGAGAUUCUGAUUAAUGAUGACCAUGACCUUUCAGUCGUCUCUGUAGACAACCUUGACAUGGCAGUUGACCCGUUGACCCUUGACUCUAAAACCUUUGCCUCUGCAACCCCUGACUCUUUAACCUCUGCUCCUGUGACAGCCAGCCUGUCUGGAACAAUGUGUUGUGUAGUGAAUUGUGGUGCUGACUUCUCCGCGAAAAGUGGAAUACUUGAGCAUGAAGCCAACUUUGACCAUUCUCCUUGUAAUCCAUUACUCCUGACCAAGGACUGUUGCCUACCAACAACCUCACUGGGAUAUGCAUGUCCCAAAUGUCUUCAAGUGUUUAAGACAGUCGGCAGUUGUGUGGAGCACCAAAAGUCAGUAACUGACCAUCUUAGUUUCCUGUUGCCUCUGGACGUUGCUGCAUAUCUCUGCCCCCAGUGUCUGGCACUGUUCCCCUCCUAUCAGUGUUGUCAAAGCCAUAUUGAUGACCUCAAUCAUCAACGUGUUGCCUACCCUUUCAAUGGUGAUGUAAGGAGCGAAGGCAAAAAUUUACCAAUCCCAGUGUCCCGAGCACUAGCUGAGGAUUUUCUCACCAGGUGUCGCUUCGUGUCCUUCUCUGUCAGCUGUUUGGAUUGUACCCUGAUUAUAAAGUCCAAUUCUGAAAUGGUAGAGCAUCUACAGGAAACUGACCACCAACACUGGCACUUCAUUGCCACCUCUACAUUAGAACAGGUUGAUGUGUUUUUGAAGUACUUGGAAAGCCAUGCUUGUUCUACUUGUGAUAGUGUGAUGUCCCCUCCCAUUUCUGAUGACAAUAUUCAUUACUGCAUAUCAAAUGAUACAGAGUCUAUGAUUGGCCAGAUCCAGAAUAUUGAUUGCCAGACAUUCAGAGACUUUGUACGAAGGUGUUGUAUAUCCUUUAUGGUGUCUCAGGAUGUCAAUAUCACCAAGAAAUUUCCUGGUCAAGAUAUGCAUUCUCCAGAGUGGUCAUCAACAUGCAGAAAACGGAAACAUAGCAGUGACUCAGAUUGUGGGAAAAAGAUCAAGGUUAAAUCUAGUUUCUCUGAUGACAUGACCACUGAACAGAUGAGCAGCUCUGUUCCUAAUGAACAACACAAUCAGAUGAUCAGUGAAACAUUCUCUAACAAAAACUCCUGGCAAUUAGCAAAGAUUAAUUUUCAAAAGCUGCCAACUGGACAAAUGAAGAAUAUUGAUACAAAUAGUGGUCUUGAUCAAGAUUUUAUGGAAAAUUUUCGGAUUUCAACUGCAGAUGGUCAAUAUCAGGAACGGUUUGAUCUAGCUAACAAGUCACUGAUUGCCCCAGCUAAUCUUAACAAGAUGAUAAACAUCAUCUUUGUUAACUUAGACGUUUGGCCAUAUUUCUUCAAGAGGCUACCACUCUCUGCCAUCCAGUACCUUUGUCUGGGGAUUCAGUGGCAAGAACGGAACAUGGAAGGAACCUCACAGGUAAAAACCAUACUGGUAUACUGUGAUGUGUAUGACCACCAGAGAAGGAAUGGUCGUUUCUAUUUCAACCCUCCAUGUGGCCACCAUGAAGAUGCUGCUGAUUUUGCACUUUGCCUCACGUAUGGCCGCAUGGAUGAGCGUCUUGAUAAAUGUGUUCACUUCACCAUUUUAUCAGGAGAUAAUGCUUAUCAAGAAUUGGACAGGCAAAAAGAAAAACUUGAUCGAACAGUUGUACUCAUUGACCCCAGCGAUGCUCAUCAAUGGACAGAUUACACUAUUCUUUAUACCAUUAUCAGUAGUGUUAGUGACCAGUGA